UUCCUCCCUUCCCUUCCCUUCCCUUCCCUUCCUUACAAGUCCUCACACUUUUCUCUGUGGUUGGAAGCUCACUUGAUUAUUCUCUUCUACUAUUUGUUAAGCAGGCUUCCUUACAAGUCCUCGCUCUCUCUAUCUGUGUGUUUCAAGUUAAUUUGCUUCCAGGGAAACAAUGCCUGUAGGCGAAAUAUUUCUCGCUGCUUUCAUUCAGGUGUUGUUUGAGAAGUUGGCCUCAACUGUCUUACUGAAGUUUGCUCGUCGGGAGCAAGUUCAUACUCUCUUCAAGAGAUGGAGUGAAGAACUAGCUACAAUUCAGGCAUUCUUAGAUGGUGCAGAGGAGAAACAAAUAGAAAAUAGAGCUGUGAAAAUGUGGCUAGAGAAACUCACAGACCUGGCUUAUGAUCUGGAUGACUUACUAGAUGAAUUUUCCACUGAAGCUUUGCGGCGUAAGUUAACAUCAGAGUCUCAAGCAGCUAGCACCAGCAAGAGCAAGCUACGUGCCAUGAUACCUACAUGUUGUAAAGGACCCAAUCCAACAACUUUUUUGUCUGAUUUUACAAGGAGUUCUACUUCCAAGAUGGAGGAAAUCACUAUAAGAUUGCAAAAUAUUCUUGAAAGCGGAAGUGCACUUGGUUUACAACAGAUUGUUGCAGGAGAAUCUGCUAAAACUUGGCACAGACCACCCUCCACAUCCUUGAUACAUGAACCCUGCAUAUGUGGCAGGGAUAAGGAAAAAAAGGAGAUAAUUGAUUUUCUCAUAAGCAACGAGUCAAGUGAUAGAAAAGUCGGCGUAAUUCCCAUUGUAGGUAUGGGUGGGCUCGGCAAGACCACCCUUGCACAAAUGGUAUACAACGAUGAAGUGGUGAACAAGCAUUUUGAUUUGAAAGCAUGGGUUUGUGUUUCUGAUGAGUUUGAUAUUAUGAGAAUAUCAAAAGUAAUUCUUGAAUCCAUUACUUCCAAGGCUUGUGAAUUUAAAGAAUUGAAUCAAGUUCAAGUUCAGCUAAAGCAGAAUUUGAUUGGAAAGAAGAUUUUAAUUGUUUUAGAUGAUGUGUGGGACAAGAAAUACGAUGAUUGGAACAUUUUGAAGGGCCCCUUUAACGAUGGAGUCUCAGGAAGUAAGAUAAUUGUAACAACUCGUGAUAGAAAUGUUGCAUCAAUUAUGGGAACCGUUCAAAACCAUUUCCUACAACAUCUAUCAGAUGAUGAUUGUUGGUUAGUGUUUGAACAACAUGCCUUUGGGAAUAGAAGCAUGGAUGCAAAUCCAAAUUUGGUGUCUAUUGGUAGGAAAAUUGUGGGAAAAUGUAAAGGUUUGCCUUUGGCUGCUAGGACACUCGGUGGCCUUUUACGGUGCAAAGAAAGAGACAAUGAGUGGGAAAUUGUAUUGAAUAGUAAAAUAUGGGAUUUAACAGAACAAGGCAAUGAAAUUCCCCCAGCUUUGAGGUUAAGCUACCAUCAUCUCCCUUCACAUUUGAAGCAAUGCUUUGCAUAUUGCUCUAUACUGCCAAAGGACUAUGAAUUUGAGGAGGAGGAGUUAGUCUUCUUGUGGAUGGCAGAAGGCCUUCUUCAGCAACAAAAUGGACAUAAGCAAAUGGAAGAUUUAGGAGUCGAAUACUUUCGUGAACUGCAGUCGAGGUCUUUUUUCCAACCAUCAAGUGGUAGUGAAAGCUCGAAAUUUGUGAUGCAUGACCUCAUCAAUGAUUUGGCUCAGUCAGUUGCAGGAUAUACUUGUUUUAGAUUGGAGGAUAAAUUGAAGGAUCAGGAGCAAUGUAGAAAAUUGAAGAGUGCUCGACAUUCAUCUUACAUGCAAAGUAGCUUUGACACAAUCAAAAAGUUUGAAACUUGUUAUGAAGCCAAGAGUGUAAGGACCUUCUUACCAUUGUCCUUAAGUAAAAGUAGACAUUGUUAUUUGACAAGUGAUGUCCCUCUUAAUCUGUUGCCAAAGAUGAAACGCCUAAGGGUGUUGAGUUUGAGUAGAUAUGACAUUGGUGAACUUAUUCCAAAAUCAAUUGGAGAUUUGAAACAUUUGCGAUAUCUUAACUUUUCCUACACCAAUAUCAAAGCAGUACCUGAAUCAUUAGGUACCCUAUACAAUCUACAAACUUUGAUGCUAAGAGGUUGUCCAGAAUUGAAGAAAUUGCCUGCGGACAUGGGAAACCUAAUCAACCUACGUCAUCUCGAUAUGAUUGAUUCAAAUUCCUUGGUAGAAAUGCCACGAGGAAUUGGUAAGUUGACAAGUCUCCAAACACUAUCCAAUUUUAUUGUUAUGAAAGACAAUGGGUCUCGAAUAAGAGAGUUGGGGAACUUGAUUCAUCUUGGAGGGACACUUUGCAUAUCGGGUAUAGAAAAUGUGGUUUAUUCUUCGCAUGCAAGAGAGGUGUGUUUAAAUGACAAGCAAGGUAUAGACGUGCUAACAAUGGUGUGGAGUGGUGAGAGCAUGGAUGGUUUACGAAAUGAAAUGGUUGAAACAGAAGUGCUUGACAUAUUAAAACCUCACAAGAAGCUGAAAGAGCUAUACAUUAGAGGCUACCAUGGUAUGAAUUUUCCAACUUGGAUAGGAGAUCCGUUGUUCUCCAAUAUGGUGUGCAUGAAGUUACAAAAUUGUAAAAAUUGCACUUCCUUACCGCCACUUGGACAGCUGCCCUCUUUGAAAGACCUUCACAUUGAAGGAAUGAGUGCCGUAAAUCAUGUGGGUUGUGAGUUCUAUGGGCAGCAUUGCGCCAAACCUUUUCCAUUACUCGAGACACUAUGUUUUGAGAAUAUGUCAGGAUGGGAGGAUUGGGACAUUUUUGGAAUUGACAAGGAAGUUCAAACCUUCACUCGUGUUAGUAAGCUCUCCGUCAAAAAAUGUCCCAAACUUGUGCGAAUGUUGCCGAAUAAUCUUCCUUGCCUAAAAACUCUUGAGAUUAUAAAUUGCCCGCAGCUGCUGGUUGAAGCUUCUAGCCUUGUUCUCCCGUCACUCACCUCCCUGUCCAUGAGUGAUGUUCGGCUUCCAUGCCUUUCGGUGUUCCUUGAGACAUGUAACGUGAUUGAACCCAGUUCCCUUACUUGCUUAUAUAUUAGAAAUGUUUCAAUCCCUGAGUCCAUGUGCAAUCCAAGCAUAGAUGAUGAAGUGAUGUUGGCAAAUGCAAUGUCUAAACAUUUGAGUUCAAUAACUUCCUUGAGCAUUGAGAUGAUUCAGAAACUUGCAUUAUUGCCAACAUGGCUUACCCAGGGGCUUAAAGGACUCAAAGAAUUGCAGAUUUAUAGUUGUAAAGAACUCACAACACUGUGGCAGAAUGAGGCGGGACUACAACACAGUCUCCUUGCCUUGCAAAGUUUGAAAAUUUUUGAUUGUCCGCAACUUGUUUCAUUGUUUGAAGAAGACGAGGAUGUAGAAAACGAAGGGCAACAUCAACAAGAGGGAGUACCUUCCAUAGUGAGACUUCAGUAUCUACAUAUACGUAAUUGUGAAAAAUUGGAGAAACUGCCACGGGGGCUACAUACCUUCACUUCUCUUCACCAGAUAGAGAUCAUUGGGUGUUCAAGUCUGGUAUCUUUUUCAGAGACAUGCUUUCUUCCUAGCCUAAGAGUACUUUACAUUGAUGAAUGUAAGGCCCUGCAGUCCUUACCUGGGUGUCCAAGUCUGGCGUUCUUGCUGAUACAAAGGUGUGAUAAUCUGGAGUCCCUUUCCCUUUCGGAAGAAUGGGUCCACCACCCCGCAACAAAAUUGACAAUAUUGACUAUCAAAAAAUGCAAAAAACUAGAAUUGGUCCUCUUUCCAAACCUCACUUCCCUUGAAGGUCUGGCAAUAGAAAGUUGGCCUGCAGGAGGAGGAAUCGUCUCCUCCUACAUUCUAGAGAAAGGGAAUUUCCUCACCAACCUCACUUAUCUUGAAAUCAUGAAUGUGAAGAUUGGUAAGCCCCUAUCAGAGUGGGGUUUGCACAGAUUCUCCUCUCUUAAAACUCUCUGGCUUGCAGGCCUAAGUAACGUAUCAGAAGAAGAAGAAGAAGAAUAUUAUUCGGUGUCCAGCUUAUCAGAAGAAGAAGAAGAAGAAGAAGAAGAAGAAGAUUAUUAUUCGGUGUCCAGCUUUCCAGAAGAAGAAGAAGAAGAAGAAGAAGAAGAUUAUUAUUCGGUGUCCAGUUUUCCAGAAGAAGAAUAUUAUUCGGUGUCCAGCUUUCCAGUAGAUGGCAUGUUGCUGCCCACCUCUUUGACGUCUCUAUGGAUUGGGAAUUUCCCAAAUUUGGAGAAGAUAUCUUCCAUGGAGAAUAUUCAAAACCUCACCUAUCUUGAAUUCAGUGAUUGCCCCAGGCUCACAUCUUUUCCCGAGCAAGGCGGGCUGCCUCCCUCGCUUUUGGUACUUCAUUUCUACAAAUGUCCAAUAAUGAAACGGCGGUGUGAAAAGGGGAAAGGCCAAUAUUGGCCCCUCAUAGCUCCCAUUCCUAAAGUCACCAUAGAAUAGAAGACAGAUACAUCUUUGAAGGGGAAAGGCCAAUAUGAGCAAUCAAAACUACCAGCAAUUUUUCUGCUUAAGUGGUGGUGUCUGUGGAUGACAGUGCUGUUUAAGGGUUUUUUAAUUUUGAAGUCCUAUUUCUUUCUUUCCACUCUUCCAAAGCUCAAUGUUCGAUUAUCUGCUUUGCUCCAACUACCGCUAUUCUUGGGAAACCAAAAGAGCUACUGAAGGAUGGUAUCAACUUUUUCAAUCAUUUUCUGUUGCUUCCGAUGAAGUAAAUGUUGCAUCUGAUUUAAAGAAAUGUUGCAUCUUGUUGAAGACCUAAAGGAGGUUUGAUGAAUCUAGAUUUGCAAUGGCUUGAUGAUUUUGUAUUGUUGUUGUUUCCUUGUUUCUAGUCGUGUUGCUUUUUUUUUUUUUUUUGGUAAACCAAGUUGCUUCUUUUAUCAUACUAUAUUUUCUACUAUUUCUUUUGUACGUGUCAUAUAUAAAAGCUCAGUGGUAAAUUGACUGGUUUAUGCUGAUGUUAUUGUUGUUGCUUCUUUGGUUUUCUAGACUUUCUGUGCAGCUAUUGCUAUCUUCUCAUGGUCUGUAUGUUGUAUC